ACGCCUGUCCCAGUGAAGCUCCGCUCCUUCAUGCAAGUAACUUCAAAACUUUGCCCAAAGGAAGAGGGGGAAAAAAAACAAAAAGCGAUCAAAAAGGGGGAUCUAAGAGCUUUAUUUCUUCGUCCAACCCUCACUGUAGGCCUGCGGCGGGGUGGACCCGGAGCAGGCCGAAACUUAAGGAUGUGGAUCUGCUAUCUCCUGCUGGGUUCGGGAUCGUUAUCCAGCUUUGUCGAUAGCCAGCUGCUUCCCGGGAACAACUUCACCAUGGAGUGCAACAUCCCGGGUAACUUCAUGUGCGGCGAUGGGAAGUGUGUCCCAGGAAGCUAUCAGUGCAACGGGCAGCCCGACUGCUUCGACAAGAGCGAUGAGAGGGGCUGCCCCAAGCUGAGGUCCAAGUGCGCGUCCACAUUCUUCGCCUGUGCAAACGGCGAGCACUGCAUCAUCGGCCGCUUCCGCUGCAACGGCUUCACCGACUGUCCGGACGGCAGCGACGAGGAGAACUGCACGGCUAACCCCCUGGUGUGCUCCGCCACCCGCUUCCACUGCCGCAACGGGCGUUGCGUCGAUCGCAGUUUCCUAUGCAACGGCCAGGACAACUGCCUGGACAACAGCGAUGAGGAGGAAUGCCACACCACCCCUGAGGCUCCCAGGCAGGACUUUGUGACGCUGGACUACCGACUGCGCUACUACCCCAGCAUCACGUACGCCGUCAUCGGCAGCGCUGUCAUCUUCGUCCUGGUGGUGGCGCUGUUGGCCCUGGUGCUGCAUCACCAGCGGAAACGCAGUAUGCUGAUCCCGCGGGCCGUGCGGCCCGGGGGCCACCAGCAGCCGCUGCUCUUGUCCCGCCUCGUCAUCCUGGACCGGGCCCACGCCCCGGGCCUGUCGCCCACCUCCGGCAUGUUCAGCAGCCGCCCCAGCCUCCACCUGCUCUCCAGCGCCCUCUACCCUGCGGGGCACCCCAUGGACUCCCCGCCCUCCUACUCCCAGGCCGUGCUGGACGUCAGCCGCCCCCCCUGGUUUGACCUCCCGCCUCCGCCCUACCACCCUGACGGGGAGGCUCCGCCCCAGAGGGAUCUUCCCCCAUACGAGGCCCGAUCAGCCCCACCCGAGUCCAUCCAUCCAGAGAGGACCCCCGCCAGCCCCAGGGAGCAGUCGGAUCAGCUGUAAUCCGUCCGUUGCCUGUGCAUGAACAGCAGGUCCAACUGGGCCAGUCAACAUGGAGCUCCGGUUGGAGGUCCUGCUCCUUCUGUUGGAGGAUUCUAUGGAGAAAACCAUCACCCCUGCUUCUCUGCAUGCAUCGAAAUGCUCUUUCCCCCAGCGGAGGACGGGUAAAGCCGCCACGCCUCACUGACGUUGGCGCACACCCAUGAAGGAUGCUACUCCGUAUGAACCCCGGCAACAUGGACUCCAGAGGUGCGCUUGGUAGGGUGAUGCGCCACUAACACCCUUCUCCAGCAGAGGGCACUCUAGCGCACUUUCAGUGUAUAAGCUCAACAUGUAGCUCUUCUUUAUCGACUGGAAUGUAUGUUUUCAGUAUGAUUUCAGAUAUAUUUACUAGUUUUUCACUAGUAUUUUUACCAAUAUUUUCACUGCUUACAAUAUGACGAUAUGAUGUUGUGUAAAAAAUGUAAUGUUUGUGUAUGUAUGUACAUAUAUAUAUAUAUUCUUAUGUAUAUAUGAUGAUUCCACAGAUAAAGUAAUAUUGAUGUAAGUAAUACAGAAUCUGAAGGUAUUUAAAGAAGGGUUUAUUACUCCGUAUGAGUGCAUAUGGUAAAAUACUCGGGAGCUCGGUGUGGCCCCAGAAACUUGCCUGUUAGUUUUCACUCCCGCACUCCUGUAAGGCAACAGCGCCUCCGAGUGGCACUGAAUGGAAGUAGUGCCACAAGGAGACGUGUGACGUUGUCCAUGAUGCCUCCUGACACUUUCCGCUUCUGCGUUUGCUGUUCUCAUACUCCUUGUGUCAGGGCCCCGCCUUCUCCUCCCGUGAGCUGCAGGAGGGGGGUUUUCUACCCACUUUAAACUGGAAUAUAAGCUUGGAGGAGCUGCUUGCCAAGGAUCGCGCUUGAGGGCCAGUCGUAGGGCCAGUCGUAGGGCCCGUCGUAGGGCCAGUCGUAGGGCCCAAUUGCAUUGAUGCUCAGUAAGGCUCUUGGAGGUCCAUCUGCUUUAUGCUGGCGGGUUGGGCAGCCCUCAUCGCUGCCGGGCUGAUUUGGAUGGCCCAGCCCCCCCUGUCCUUUCGAAUGUAGAGACGUAUCCUACCUCACCACUCCUCUUGUGUGUCGUACCAUCAGGGCCUGCCAUUUGUGCCCCGUUGCAUGUGCUGUCUUCAUCGUGCUCCUUCCCUACGCUCUGUGACGUCAGUUUUCUUGGGUGUGUGCAUACCUGUAGCACUUGCAGACUUCAGAAUGUUUCCUUUUCGACUCUCCGUAAAUCCCAGCCAAAGCACAGUAGAGUGACUCCUGGUUUCUUCCAAACAUCCUGAUCUGAAGCUGCUUGCGUGGCCAACAGACACCGGCCUGACCUCCCAUCCGUCAGCCUGCCUUCCCACUGCUCCUCCCGCUGCUUGGGAUUCUCCUUCUUGUCCUUCUAACGCCUCUGGAUCUCUGGGACUUAAUGACCACAGUGAAAGACUUUCAAAGACGACGUUCCAGACCUCUCGUUUACAAACCAAGCACAGCUGUGUAAAAAAAACGAAAAAUCAAUCUAAUUUUUUAUGAGCUUCAAGAAUCUUUUCUUUCAUUACUGAGUUCUCUAGGAAGGCCAGAAGAAUGUUGCUUUAUAUAUGAAGCAGAUUCACAAGAGCUUGGCAACUCCCCCACAACAGUAAAAAAAAAAUUCAGCUGUAGACGCACAAAAAGCUGUGGACAGGAAAGUCCCCCCUCAUCCAAAGGCCUGGAGGUGUGAGACAGUAGCACUGCUCACUGAGUCACCCUAAUAGUAGCAGUUAACAUGCAAAGCUGAAUUACACUGAGUCUGUUACAAGAGGAUUUCCAACCGUUAGCUAACAAUAGUCUGCUAUCGAGUUUCUGCAGCUGAACUUUAAACCAGCCCUGGCCUGAUAUCAGUUAAAAACACACCAGGCCGUCUUUGGUUGGGGCCACGUCAUUAGGUAAAUGAUUACACUACAUGGAUAUGUGAUGUCAGGCCAGCGUUGCCACUGUGAGGGCUUUUCCGAUUGGCCGAGCUCAGCAGGGCAGUAGCCGCGAGGGCAUUUCCGAUUGGCCGAGCUCAGCAGGGCAGUAGCCGCGAGGGCUUUUCCGAUUGGCCGAGCUCAGCAGGGCAGUAGGUGAGUCCAGACCUGAGUCAGAAAGCAACCGGCUGGUUACAGUAAGAGGAAUACAUCCCUCAAAGAGCUACAUGUGACAGGCACUGCUCCACAUAACAUUCUGUUAGUUCGUGCUUCGAUUUAUCCAGCUUUCUACAUGGUCUACUGUUCUCCUUGGCCUGUGGAAGCCAAAAUGUUUGUGAAUAAUAACGGGAUUUCCCUUCUCCGACCCGCCUGGCUUUCUCACCCCCUUGAGCGCCUGUAAGCAAGGUGACAUAGACAGACUCGACGGCCCAAACACGAUGGUUCCUCUCAGGUCAGUGACACCUCACGUCAGUUACAGAUUGUCUUGUCUCUUACAAGUAGAAUCAGAAUCAGAAAUAUCUUUAUUGGGCAAGUAUACUAAAUGUAUUGAGGGAUUUGCCUUGUGAGUGCUCUGGUACAAUGUUAAACAUGCAAGACAAUUUCAAAAUAAUUUACUGUAUAAGUAUGUACAUAAGAAAAUUUUACAUGUGCUUUUAGAGAUGUGGGUUUCCUACCUGUCUGAAACCAGGGGCACCCAAAUUAAUCUACCCCCCACCCCCAAUCAUAUCUGUGAUCAUAUAACUAAAAAAUGAGGAUGAGGAUAUUUUUUCAUGAACUAGAUAAUAAUGCUAACAUUAAUGUGGGCCCCCUGUCUUGCCUUACAAACACAGUUCGCAUGGCAUUGUGGGUAUUUUUGCAGUAACGUGCUUGGCUGACCUCCUCCUUCCCAUGAGCCUGUGCCCAAGGACAAAUGCACCACAGUGAGGCUAAAGUAAAUGCCAGAGUUUCUUGUUUUUAAAUUUUAAUUAUUCUUCUGUUUUGAAAAGGCCCCAUUUCCUUGCAAGUUAAUUAUAGCAGAAAUCCCAGUCCCACAAAGAUGUGUUCUGAGCAGCAGAGUAAAUAUCACACACCAUCUGUCAUUCACUGUGUUUGAAGAAAUCGGUGAGUUUUUAAACUGGAAUGUCUGUCUUUUCUAGAGCUGUGUUCUAAACCGGACUGUUUUUCUAUGCCUGAAAAUUCAAUGGCUGUCUGAUGUCCAGAGACCAAUUUUAUCUGAAAUGUAUGUUAAUGUUUACACGUGUGUUGCAUUGUAGGAGGUGAAAAGAAAAAUAUGCUUGCAAAGCACAAAAUAAAAACACAAAAAACAUGAUUUUAUCCGA